CCUCUCUCUCCCUCUCCCUCUCUCCCCUAAAAAGUUCAAGUGCUAUAAAAUGAUUGUUGUGUUUGAAUAUUGGGAAUAACUAGCUAUUUCAAGGGGAAGAGGGAGGAAAUUAGGUAAACAGUUCGAUAAAAAUGGCUUUAGAAGCUCUUUCUUCCAACGAGCUUUUCAACUUCAUAAUCUACGACACGAUCUCUGCAACCCCAUAUAGCAGCCACGACUCUUCAGAGAACACUACUUUCUUACUAGAGAAUGCAAUGAAACCUCAAAAUCAAGGUGGUGUUUUGGACAAGUCUGCACUGGUGAGUACCCCAAAACGCAGCUCCGGCAGGUCAGAGGUUGUCGACCGGAGGCAGAAUUUGGCGGUUCAAGCUGGGAGGAAGAAGAGGAGAAGAAAGCCAAGGGUAUGCAAGAACAAGGAAGAAGCUGAGACGCAAAGGAUGACGCAUAUUGCUGUCGAAAGAAACCGCCGGAAACAGAUGAAUGAGCACCUCCAAGUCUUGCGCUCCCUCAUGCCUGAAUCCUAUGCCCAAAGGGGUGACCAGGCCUCCAUAGUAGGUGGAGCAAUAGAAUUUGUGAAGGAGCUUGAGCACCUCCUGCAGUCCCUUGAAGCUCAGAAACUCCAACUACUAGAGCCAGCUGAGGAGACGACCACAAGCUCCAAGUUGAUGAUGGCACCACCAUUUGCACAGUUUUUUGUGUAUCCACAGUACACCUGGUCUCAGAUCCCCAACAAGUAUACAUCAAAGACUAAGGCUGCCAUAGCGGAUAUCGAGGUUACUUUGAUUGAAACCCAUGCAAACCUUCGCAUUCUGUCGCGACGAAGCCCUAGACAUCUCUCAAAGAUUGUUGUCGGUUUUCAGGCACUCCAUCUCUCCAUCCUUCACCUCAAUGUGACCACCAUGGACCCGUUGGUUCUCUACUCCAUCAGUGCCAAGGUUGAAGAAGGGUGCCAACUCACAUCAGUAGAUGACAUAGCAGCAGCAGCUCACCACAUGCUUAGAAUAAUUGAUGAUGAAGCAGCUGCCUUAUGUUGAUGGGAGAAAAUAUCCCAUCUUCCCCCAUAUACCCUUGGAGUUAAGGUGGGAUCACAGAAAUGCCAUCCUCUUUUUGCUUGUCCUUGUCUGAUCAGUCAUCAGUGUAUGUAGCUAAUUAAAGUCUUGUCAUAUAUAUAUAGGCCGUGUGUUUUUUCUUUUCUUUUUUAAUUCCCUCAGUUAGAGCUUUUGUAUGUAGCAUGGUUUUCACCAAAAAUCACCUAGGAAAAUAAAAAAGAAAAAAAAGAAAAAAAGAAAAGAAAAUCAGAACUAGGGUUUAAUCGGCUUCUUGGGGCCCAGCCCAUAUGCUGACAAGGACUUGGUUUGUAUCAUUGGAAGAGUUCUAAUUUGAUUCAAGGUGGUUAAUUGUUUUCCA